GAGCUGCCUUUCAGUGUCACCCAUCAGUGCCAGUCAGUGCCACCUAUCAAUGCCAUCAGUGCUGCCAAUCAGUGCCAGUCAGUGCCGCCUGUCAGUGUGCAUCAUCAGUGCUGCCUAUCAGUGCCAUAUAUGAGUGCUGCCUUUCAGUGCCCAUCAGUGCCACCUACCAGUGUCUCCUCAUCAUUGCCCAUCAGUGCCACCUAUCAGUGUCCAUCAGUGCAGCCUAUCAGUGCCCAUCACUGCAGACUCAUUAGCGCACAUCAGUGAAGGAGAAAAAUCACUUAUUUUCAAAAUGUUAUAA